AUGUGCAAGUGUUUCCCUACGAGCUUGGUUGGACCAACUCUCAAUUGGUUCAAGAAUUUGGCUCAAGGCUCAAUCGCCAGUUUCCAGGACUUAUGCGAUAAGUUCAUAAGCCAGUAUUACGGGAAUAAGCGUCCGGCUAAGGAUGUAUCGAGCCUUUUCACAAUGAAGCAGCAUGAGGAUGAGCGGCUCCAAGCUUUUCUCACCCGGUUCAACCUCGUUAAAAGCAUGGUAAUGGAGUGUCACCUAUCAACAACAAUCCAAGCAUUUAAACUCGCAAUGAACCGGGGGACGCCGUUCCACACCAGCUUGGUGGUUAAUACGCCAAAGACAAUGGACGAGCUGAACGAGAGAGCUGACAAUUUUGUUCGCCUUGAGGAGGAAGAAGCAGCUAAUUCAAGGAAGACGUCAAUUAUUUCGACAGAGGAGAAAUCCAAAGCCAAGAUCGGGCAAAAACAAGCUCAACCGCAACGUCACCCCUCAUGGAAGGCGGAGAAGAGGCCUAAGGAGGAGGAAUCAGUCACUACACUCAGAGUCACCUUAGCAAGGCUAUACCAGGAGAACAAAGAUAAGUUUCGUCCUACUCUGCCAAUCAGGCAACCUCUUGAACAGAGGGAUCAGACUAAACAUUGUGCUUUCUAUAGUGAUUUUGGGCAUCAGACUAACGAAUGUAGGAACCUAAGGAGGCAGGUAGAGAUGCUAAUCGCAAAGGGGGAAUUUGCAAGCUAUGUUCAAGGUUCGGCGCAAGAGCAUAACCGCCCGGCUGAACAAAUCAAGCGGAACCAGAGGCCGAACCAACACAACUCUCAGCUCGUCCGGAUUAUAAACGCAAUUCAUGGCCGGCCUGAACAAACGACGGAGUCAGAAGAGUUGCUCAGAACGAGGUUAUGCCAGGCCCAGUUGAAAAGAAGAAUUGGUAGUGUGCAUGCUUUGCACCUGCAGAAUGCGUCCACAUCGAUAAAGUUUGAUAAACCAGACCUGCUACACGUUCAGAUUCCUCAUGAAGAUCCACUAGUCGUCAGUCUGACGAUUGCAGAAUGCCUGGUUCGGAGAGUCCUGAUUGAUCCAGGAAGUAGUGCGAAUGUCAUGCCCAGGGUGACGUUCGACCGACUGGAAAUCGAACCCGAAAAACUCAAACCCACAGGAAAUCCGUUGCACGGAUUUGAUGGGAAGCGAGUGGAACCCAUUGGAAUGGUGGAAUUGACAGUACAAGCCGCUGAGCGGGUUUUGACUGAAAGUUUUGUGGUAAUGGAAAUUCAUCCAUUAUACAACCUUUUGAUGGGCAGAGGAUGGAUUCAUAGAAUUCAGGGCGUUCCGUCAACCUUACAUCAAGUGAUGCGAUGUUUGGGUCUGGAUGGGACCAAGGUGAUAGAUAUACACGGGGACCAGGUUGCGGCUAAAGAAUGUUAUUCAGUAACUUUGAAAUCUGCUGGAAAAGGAAAAAAUCCCAUCCGUUCAGCCAGUCCAAAAUAG